AUGACUGGCGGAAAGUCCGGCGGCAAGGCUAGCGGCAGCAAGAACGCGCAGUCCCGUUCCUCCAAGGCUGGUCUGGCCUUCCCCGUUGGCCGUGUCCACCGUCUUCUUCGCAAGGGCAACUACGCUCAGCGUGUCGGUGCCGGUGCUCCCGUCUACCUCGCUGCCGUCCUCGAGUAUCUCGCUGCUGAAAUCCUUGAGUUGGCUGGUAACGCCGCCCGUGACAACAAGAAGACCCGUAUCAUCCCCCGUCACCUCCAGCUCGCCAUCCGUAACGAUGAGGAGUUGAACAAGCUUCUGGGUCACGUCACCAUCGCCCAGGGUGGUGUUCUGCCCAACAUCCACCAGAACCUUCUUCCCAAGAAGACCCCCAAGGCUGGCAAGGGUAGCCAGGAGCUGUAG